AGCUCAUCAUGACUGGACGCGGCAAGGGAGGAAAAGGACUUGGCAAAGGUGGCGCCAAGCGGCAUCGCAAGGUUUUACGCGACAACAUCCAGGGCAUCACCAAGCCGGCCAUUCGGCGUUUGGCCCGACGCGGCGGCGUGAAGCGGAUUUCCGGACUGAUCUACGAGGAGACGCGCGGUGUUCUGAAGGUGUUCCUGGAGAAUGUCAUCCGAGAUGCCGUGACGUACACGGAGCACGCUAAACGCAAGACGGUCACCGCUAUGGACGUUGUGUACGCGCUCAAGCGGCAAGGACGUACCCUGUACGGAUUCGGCGGAUAAGGCACG